UUUCAACUGUGAGCAAUCGUACGCAGAAACGUCAAUUGCGUAUGAUUUGUGUAUUCUCAAGAUCCUCACGUCGUUCUCUCUUUCUCGCUCGCUCGUUCUCAUUCACACUCUCUCAACACACAUUCGCGACCAUACAAACGUUGUUUUCGUUGUUUUUCAUGUGAGCUCAAUGCGAAUGUGUGCGUUUUUCAUUGCAUCGAAAUGUCAUUUUAUCACAGUGUUAUUUCGUCUUAGUUUAAUGUUCGUGUGUUUCAACAGCCAGUCCAAAUAUUAAUAUGGAGUGAAAUAAAUAUUCCUCUUCAAUUUGUUAUUUUAGUUAAUAUUCCAUUUUCCCUCGGGCUACAUUUUGUGCAUCGAUGUGUUGUUGACAAAAACAAAACAGAUUGAUUUAAUGUGGUAAAUGGUGAAAGAAAUUGGAUCUAUGUUCGAUUCGAUUGGGAUCUAGCACUUGUUUUUUUUGUGUCGCAACUGAGAAAGAGACGAAAAAUAACAGAGUAGCGACUGGCGACCAUUGCAUUAUUUGCUUGGGACAAAAUAGUGAGACAAGCCUUUAUUGGAAAGAAGUGCUGUCGUUUUUUUUUGAAUCAACGCGAAUUUGCUUAAUCGAAUCCGGCACAAACCAAAGGUUCGUUCAAUGAGUCAAUAUUUGCUUGAUUUUAAAUGAGUUUUUCGUUCGAUAAAAAAAAAAACAACCACAUACACAGCACUCGACUCUCGAUCCGCUCAUGCAAUUUAUGGUGCGUCAUGACAUGAUUUUUUUUUGUUCGUUCUCGUUCAAUUGAAACUCAGCGUAUAUACUACAUGUUCAUUGUGCUGUUCGUGUGAAAUAUUCACAGAGAAAUUUGUUUUGUGUGAGCGAGCCAACAAAUCACAUUUAAUUGUUGAAACACACUGCAUACACAUAAAAUCUGAUGUAAGAAUUUGGCUUCGGUGAACGUGAACGAAAAGAGAACCAACGAAUUAACAAACAGUUUUUUUUUUAUAAAAUGCACGUCAUAAGUAAUUAUUAUGAAAUAUUACGAAUCGAUAAAAAUUACAAGACAAAUUACACACAUUACUAUUGUAUGUGUGACAGUUUGUGUUCUGUAGAUUUUUUUGGAAAUUUUAUGCAUACUUAUAGUUCGCUAGGUGUCGAAUUCACAACGAAUAGUUUGUAAGAAUUAUGGAUUCUAUAUACGUUUGAGAAGAGCAAACCCAAUUACAUUGCAUCAACAUUAAUAAUAACAAUCCCAAUAGAUUGACGAUGUAACAUGGCUGCACGAACAUUCGAUUCGGCAUUCCGUUCGGAAGAAUAGGAGUGCUUUGAAUCGAUGUAGGUGAAGCCAAACAAAUUACUCUUUUCUCAUUCAACCAUUAACCGAUUGAACGGCGGUUUUUUCUCUGCUUGUUCUCUUGCUCAUCGAGUUCGUCUUUUGUUUCACGUAAUUGCUCGAAAGAAUAGUUCAGUGUGAGAGAAUCUUGCUGAGUGUCUCGAUCAAGUCCAACAAAUUUAUUUCCUACUUCACAAUACACACACAAUCAUAUGAAUAUUCCAGUUAAAGUUUGACUUGACAUCGGUUCAUCAACUUCUUCUAAUGACUCAUGAAUUAGUGGGUCUUCGCCGCUUUCAUAUUUGAUACGUAGUGAAGGAGAAAAACAGAGAAAAAAAAACGUGAAGAAUUACACACAUUGUAGAAUGAGACGCUGCUGACAACCAAACCAUUUCUACUAUAUUCGGUUUUAAAUAAUGUCUAGAGGAUUUUCGAAUACGGGCAAUGGUUCAGGUUUUCGAGGUUUACGUGACUACGGCGCAACCAGCAGUUCAACCAGCGGUAUGCUACCGGGUCCAUCGGGAAUGAGCGCAGCUGGAACCGACGUAACAUUCGCCGGCUUCAGCCCGACUGAAUUUAUGUCGUUGAGCGAAAGUAUCGCACAGAACAUAGCAUCGGUGAAAUCGAGUUGGCAAAGUUUGGAGAAAAUUCUGAAAUUGAUCGGCGGAAAAAAAGAUACAGUCGCUCUGCGAGAUAAAGCGCAUCAAAUUCAGUCAUCGGCAAAUGAAAAAGUUUUAGCAACAAAAAAGGAUCUACAGAGACUAACGGUGGUUGUGCGUCAUGGUGACAAACAGCAGAAACUACAAGUGGAACGAUUAACGUCCGAUUUCCAAAAAGUCGUCGAAAUCUAUUCGGCAUGUCAACAGCAAAUUGCGGCCAAAUUGAAGGGAAUCAUAUUGAUAAAUGCCUCACAGCAGGAAGACCUCAAUAAUGAUUCAAACAAUACUGGCACAGACACCGACUAUCUAUUCCAUCAAAAGCAGAAGCAAAUGCAACAGUCUCUACAGUUUGAACAGAGUAUGCUUAAGGAUCGUGAACAACGCGUCCGUCAAAUUGAGGAGGAUGUACUCGAUGUCAAUCAAAUUAUGCGUGAGCUCAACACAUUGAUAAAUCAACAAGGUGAAACUAUCGAUACCAUCGAAAACAGUAUUGAUAAUGUGGGCAAUGAUGUUGAAGCGGGUCGAUCGGAAUUGGUUAAAGCGGCUGAAUAUCAAGCGAAAUAUCGUCGAAAAGUUAUUAUUCUAUUACUUAUUGCUGUGAUAAUUGGUCUUAUAGUCACGGGUUUAGUUGUUUCACAACUAAAGUAAUAAAACCGUUUGCAAAAUAUGUUUCAGUUCCAACAAUUUACUUUUUUUCUGUAAAGAAUAUUAUUUCACACACACACACACACACACACACAAAUAAGAACACAAAUAACACGAAGAAUAAAAGACAAGUGGAGAAUUGUUUUUGUGCGAAAACUCCUUGAAACAAAGCGUUUAUUCGUCAAUGCAACGAAUAUUCCCAAUUCGUUGAGCUGAUGAGAAAUGAGAACACUUUUUGUUGAAAUUUCUUAAAUUGCUCUGAAUCUGCCCACAGUGAGGACAAACAAUAAUUUGCUAUUAAUUAUCCUUUUUAUGGAAAAUCACACAAAAUUAAUCGUAACUACAACAAAAACAAAUUCUAUAUUUAUAUUUAAUGAUAUUGAAGUAUGAGCAUUAAGCAUACUGCCAAGUAUGACAUUUGUAUUGGUAUGAUUUUAACCAUUGGCAUAUAAACCAAACAAAUUAUAAUAAACUUUUUAUUCGAUCAAUCGAA